AAGAAAGCGGAGGUGGGGGUUGGGGAACAGGUUCGUGAGUGGUGGACUCUUGUGAGGAAGGACAGCCAAGUGUUGCGAGGGCUCUGACCUCGCUGCACCGGGAAUCAAUCAAUCAAUGCGCUCACCACCAUCUCUUUACACUCGGCGUCCACUGCCUCUUCCCUUCCCGGCUUCCGUCAAUGGCCGGAGGAGAGAGAAGAUCAAUUAACAGACUUAAAAAAAAGCAAUAAACCAACUCGUCGCGUGGUUACUGGGCUGCUACAGCUGAUUUCUAUGGGCUUGUGUCCGCCUUUCUGUAAGGUUUCAGCCAAUGUGAAGGUGAACCUUCGAGUACAAAAUCCACUUGAAAGGAACUAAAGAUUUACAUGCUAAAGAUCAUGAAAGAAGUGCUAAUGUGGGAUGGUAAAGGGCUUCUGUUUCUGUUAAUUUAUGCACAUGGAAAGUUCAUGUUUGUCUUACUAAUUCAAGGAAGCAACCUGAAGGUGAUUCUUAGAUGUUCUUCACAGUUCUUGGUUCGCCAGUGAAAUUAUUCAUGUGGAAGAAGCCUAUAAAAUUGCAACGCUAAUUUCCAGCCACAAGUCAUAUAUCAUGGAAGGUGCCAACCAUUGUUAUACUGAAACAACAGGGAGGGCUGCAUCUGUUCAGGUAUUAAAUUGGAUCCUAGAGAAGAAAGUUCCUCUUGAUUGUCGACUUCCACCAAGAGUUCAACAUUUACACCUUUAUCUUAUCAAGUUCAUAUAGUAUCAAUUAUAUUACUGCAAUCACCUUCUGAGUGUUCGAUAAGAGUGUGACAAGUGCUACUGACCUUAUGUGGAUUCUUCUACUAGUUAUAUCUUUUAACAUGCUCGAAGUACUUCCUUUGAUUACAGGGCAGGAUACCACUAGAUGUCCCUUGGAUCUAUUAUCUUAUUAUUAGCAUUAUGAUUUCAUCUAAUUAUAUUAGUUAGAACUCUCGAUUUUACAAACCUUUUAGUGCAUCUGUUGGCUUGCAGGAACCUUUUUAGCUUGUACUCCUUUAAAUUCGCUGCCUCCAUGAAGAAAAACAUUAACCUUUUCAAGUAGGCGUAAGUUCUUUUAUGGCACACACCUACAAGCAUUGUGUAUACUAUAAUUGUUCUUGAAAAGUUGUUUAUUAUUAUGUGCAUUCCGACUCUUUGAGUUGCGUGCGUGAUUACGAAAUAAGUUUGUGUUCCCGCGAACUGUUUUGUUCCGAUCCGAUAAAUUCUGAAGGGCAAAAUGGACUUUUUGAAGCCGAUGGCUUGUGGACAAAGACCUCUUUACUUUUCUUAUUAUUAUUUUUUGAAUUAUGAUUAUCUAAUGCAACUUGGAAACGAAACGGCUGGCGGAUAGUGGAAGGCAAGACGGACACUCGAUCGAAGAUUCGAAGGCCCGUAGCGAGUCUCCGAGUUCCGAGCCAAGGCAAUCAAUCCUCCUUGCUCCAGUCAUGGCCAUGGCAGCGUCCUCCUUCUUCGUCUUUCCCCUCGAUGCGCGCCGGAACAAGCUUCUUUCCUUCCGAAUCCCUAGCCUCACAAGGACUGCCACGAACUACAACAAGCAGCAGCCGAUGGGAAGGAGGCGGCCGCCGCCGAUCUCCGCCUCCUCCUCCUCCUCGUUCCGCAAUGGAACCCCACCGGAGACGGACUGCCCCGUUCCGUUCGAUCAGCUGCCGGUGAACGAGUACCAGGCCCUCUCCACAUCCUUCCCCUUCUCCUGGGCCGCCGCCGAUCUCCGCCUCUACUCCUCCCGCCUCGCCGUCACCGGAGGCCUAUUCGCUCUCCUCGUCGGCCUACCCGUCUCCGCCUUCGGUACCCGCAGCCUGUCCGAUCCUCGAUGCGCCCUCGGGGCCGCCUCAGCUGGGCUUCUCGCCGUCACGCUCGCCGUCCUCCGGAUGUACCUCGGAUGGGCGUACGUUGGUAACCGCUUGCUCAGCGCAACCGUCGAGUAUGAGGAGACAGGAUGGUACGAUGGGCAGAUAUGGGUGAAGACGCCUGAAGUUCUAGCUCGCGAUCGUCUUCUGGGUUCAUUUUCUGUGAAACCUGUAUUAAGCAGAGUCAAGCUUACUUUGGUUGGUCUGGCAGUCUCUUUAUUUGUGUGCGCCCUGAUUUUUGUUAACCUCGAGUACCACCCAGCGUCUGCACCUGGAGAUUCUGGGGGACAAGCACGGGCUAUACCUGGGGCAUACAAUGAUGAAUCAGCGAGGUCAUUUGAACCAGAUGCAUUCUGUGGUGAAUCUGAUUUGUCACAGACCUUAUGAACCAUUGAGAAGUAAAAGGAAAAAAAUGCACUGACUAAAUUGACCACGCAUGGGCAUAUUCAUUUAUGUACAUAAGAGCAAGGAAAAAAUUUCCAUCCCUUAUGUCUUUUAUCAAUGUUUCUAUGUUUUAUAAAAGUGUACAGUGUGUAAAGAUAUUGAUAGUUAUACAAAUUCAGGUGAUACCUUAUUAAUUA